UCCCAUAUCGCUGUUACAAGCUUUCACAUAGUGGCAUAGUCGCGAAAGAGGCCCCGGCGGGGGCAAACGCAAGAAUGGGAGCCACUGCAGUUGACCUUAGCGUCAUCAAUAGGCUGACCAAUGUCUCAGAUGUUAACAAAAUAUUGCACGAGACUGUUGCGCGCGAGCGCGCUAUUGACAGCGAGCUGGACAGGCAGCUCAGCAAGCGGAGCGACCUGGAGCGGAACUUCCUUCUGCUCAAUACGCCCACGGCUGAGACGCUGGAGCUGGUCCGGGCGGACUGUGAGCAGCUCCUGCAGAGUGUUCAGGGCACCGCGCAGCUAGCUGACCACAUAAGCAGCAAGGUCCGACAGCUAGACCUGGUGCAGGGGCGAGUGCAGAGCGUUCUCAACAAGAUAAACCUCAUUCUGGACCGCACCAACUGCAUAAAUGGAGUGCAAUCAGCUAUGGAGACGGAGGACUAUGAGGCCGCCGCGCAGUACAUCAGCUCGUUCAUGGAGCUGGAGACCAAGAUGGCGGCGGCCCUGAGCGCGGCGGAGCGCAGCGCCGGCAGCACCGGCGGCGCGCCGCCCCUGCAGCUGCUGCAGCAGCAGCACACCGCGGACGCCAGCCAGGCGGAGGACCAGCGGCGGGUGCUGAUGGAGGUGCGGGCGCGGCUGGAGGAGAUCACGGAGCGGCGGUUCGAGGACGCGGUGGCUCGGCGCGACCACGCCGCAGCGGUGCGGUUCGCGCGGCUGUACAAGCCGCUGGGCAAGCAGGCGGAGGGGCUUCAGAAGUUCAUCGAGUACCUGAAGGUGGUCGUCGGGGCACAGGCUCGCAACAUCUACAACUCGCUGGCGGAGCAGCUGGAGACGCCGGGCGCGGCAGCGGGCGCGCGGGGCGGGCCCCCGCGUGUGGACUUCGCGGCGGCGCUGACGGCGCUGUUCAAAGACAUGGCCGUGUGCCUGGACGAGCACGACGCGCUCAUCCGGGAAACGUUUGGCGAGGCGGCUGUGCUGGACGUCAUUGCGGGCCUGCAGACCGAGUGCGACAACGCGGGCAGCCGCAUCCUGCAGCGCUUCACCGAGAGCCGCCGCCUGGAGCGAGUGGUCCGCGACGUGACCAGCCGCAGGCGCGGAGGGGGCGGCGGCGGCGCGGGCGGACUGCCCUUCGGCGCGCAGGCAGCGGCGGGGGCCGGCGGGGAGCCAGCAACCGACCACAGGGCUGUGGAAGCGCUGAUUGAGGAGGUGCUGCGCAUCUGCGGCCUGUGCGAGGAGUACAACCAGUUCAUGCUGGCCAAGAUGAGGGCGGCGGCGGCGGCAGCGGCGGCGGCAGCAGCAACAGCAGGCGGCGCGGGCGCUGGAGGGCCGUACGGGCGCGACAGCACCGGCGGCGCGCCCGGCGCAGCAACGGCGGCGGGGCAGCUGCCACUAGCCCGUGAGGCGGCAUUCAGGUCGGGCUCCUUCAACGUGGCUCUGCGCGAGCUGCUGGGCCGCUACGUGGCGCUGGAGGAGUACUACCUGGACGAGACGGCCGGCAUGGCCAUACGCAUUGACGAGGUGCUGUCCGAGCAACUGACCAGCAGCAUGGUGGACGACGUAUUCUUCAUCCUGCGCAAGGUGGGCCUCCGUGCGCUGGCGGCGGGCCAGUUCCAGGCCACAGCGGCGCUGCUGGCGGAGCUGAACAACGUGCUGGCCAACGCAUUCAGGAACGCACUGCAGGCCAAGCUAGCGCCCGGCCCCUCCAAGGCGCUCGCCGCGCUCCCCGCCGCCCUGCCCGCCGCGCUGUCCUCGGGCCUGGGCUCCGGGUCCUCCUCCUCCUCCGCGCUGUGCCCGCUGCUGGCCGAGUACGCGGUGUCGCUCAACAACACCGACGUGGCCGCCGACUACGCUGCCAAGCUGCGGGCGGAGCUGGAGGCGCACACGGGCGGACUGCUGGCGGCGCCGGCGGACCGGGAAAAGGCUCGGCUGGUGCUUGCGGACCUGGCCAAGACCGGCGGCGACUUCCGCAGCCUGGCCAGCCGGGGCCUGGAGGCGCUGGCGGAGGGGCUGCUGCCGCGGCUCAAGCCCACGCUGGACGAGGUGGCGGCGAUGAGCUACUCGCUGAGCGAGGCCGAGUACGGCGCCGGCGAGUCGGAGGGCGGCGGCUGGGCUGGGCGGCUGGUGAUGGCGCUGUCGGGUCUGUCGGGGCUGCUGCGGCCGCUGCUCACGCCCGCCAACUGGGAGGUGCUGUUCGGGGCGCUGCUGGACAAGCUGGCUGCCCGGCUGGAGGCCCUGCUGCUGCGCAAGCCCUUCAGCCAGCUGGGCGGCCUGGCGCUGGACCGCGACGUGCGGCUGCUGGGCGCCGGCCUGGCCGACCUCACCGCCCGCACCGUGCGAGACCGCCUGGCGCGACUGAGCCAGAUGGCGGUGCUGCUGGGGCUGGAGGGGCUGGACGAGCUGAUGGACUACUGGAGCCCUGGGGGAGGCGCGGGAGGAGGGGCGGGAGGAGGCGGAGGAGAGGGCGGGGGAGGGGGGGCGGGUAUGAUUAACUGGCGGCUGAGCGCGGCGGAGGCGCGGGCGGUGCUGGCGCUGCGCGGCGACUGGAGCCGGGAGGCGGUCAUGGCACUGCCGCUGUGAGCGGCAGUCUUGCAGGGGGUGGGGGUUGGUGGCGGCGGGGUUCAAGGGUGAGGUGCGUGGCUGUGGGUGGAGGAUGUGGGGGCCGCUGUGCGUGCGCUGCUGGGGCGCCGGUCGUGGCCAACCGCUAACGAAGGUGGUGCCCCGUGUGUGUUCUGGGGAACAUUGGAAUUGUAUGAAGGGCCGUGCUGCGUGGGAUAGAGAGGACGCGUUGCAAGGCGCGGCGCAUGUAAGUCGCUCCAAGCAUUGCUGGCCAAGUUGGCGCAAAUGGGCAGUACUUCUGCUCGAGACUCGACACGCAGCCCACUCAGGAGUCCCGGUUAAGGCGCGCCACCUGGACACGCCUGGACGGGAUGGUGCAGCUGUGCGGCCGUGCAGGGCAUUCUGUUGACGCAAGACACGACCGCAGUACUUUCUCGGGGGUAAGCGUGCGUGUAUGUUGCCCGAGUAGAGCUGAGUAGAAAGACGGUAGCCAGAAAGGGUGAAGCGUUGGGCCGAGUGCGCCGCAGUCGAAGAGCGGUGCACCCUUUCGUGACCUUUAUCUGGUGCCCUGUUUCGCAACCGGCAGCUCUCUAUGUCACAACAAAAGAACUCGCGGUAUACAAAGCAAAGAUUGGCGCAGAUUGUGUAAGUAAGUUGAUGU